CGGGUAGCGGGGAAAGGAAGCUAGCGAAUGAAUCACUUGUAGCCAGCCAGUCUCUUUCACAAUAAACAGUAGGACUAUAGCAGCGUAUUUUCUGUAAGAAAGUUUUUGAAAACCAUAUCUGCCAUUUAAAGGCGGACAAAGUCAUCGAAUAAACAGACGAUCGGUUUAAAUCGAGGAAGAAAUUCGGUUACAAUGUCCGAGACUGGAAACGGCGUGGAGCUGCGGGAAGAACAAGCAGCUGAACUUGAAGAAACUGGAGGAGUGGAGGUGAGCCGGAACAAAACCAUAAUUAUACAAAUUCUGAGCCCUUCGUUCGAAAAAAUGGUUUAACAAGUUUUAGAUUAUGCUAAAGUUAACCCUAUGUCCACUGUGACUUCCAAAUCGAGCCAUCUCAAACUUUGUAUUUGCUAGCUCGAGUUGUUUAGCUAGCUAGCAUUAGAUUAGCGUCGUUAGCUAACGUUAAUCGACAGCUCCGACCCAUCAUCCCGAAGAGCGUGUCUCGCAGUACUAUAUAAUAGAGCUAGCGGCUACCCUGUUUCAUAAACACUCAGCUAACUAUACUAGUUAGUAAUAUUAAGCUAGCUAACGUUACAGCUGACACACUUUAUUGUAAUACGCAUCAAGGGUUUCUAUACAAUUGUAACAGUUGUUUACAUCUGUUUGACGCUGCAUUCGAUCCUCUUUAUAGUGCCGCGCUUACGCCGCUUAUCUCACAUCAAGACAACUGGGAACUCGGGGGGGAAAAACUAAGUCAAAUCGUAACGUCAGUGAUCUUCAGGUUGGAAAGUCGGAGCUCUAGAACAGUGUUUCCCGAACCUGGUCCUCGAGUAACCCCAACAGUACACAUAAAUUCUGAGUUGGGUGACCUUUCAAAAUAUUCUUCCCAGUCGGAGCUCGUUUUUCUUUUCGAGUUCCCUCUUGUCUUUUAUUUUAUUUUUAUUUAACCUUUAUUUAACAUUUAAUUUACAUUUUAGUCAUUUAACAGACGCUCUUAUCCAGAGCGACUUACAGUUAGUGCAUACAUUAUUUUUUUAUCGAACCCACAACCCUGGCGUUGCAAACGCCAUGCUCUACCAACUGAGCUACAUCCCCUGCACAGGUAAGCCAGUUGAGAACAAGUUCUCAUUUACAACUGCGACCUGGCCAAGAUAAAGCAAAGCAGUGCGAUAAAAACAACAACACAGAGUUACAUAUGGGGUAAAAAAAAACAGUCAAAAAAAACAACAGAAAAUAUAUAUACAGUGUGUGCAAAUGUAGCAAGUUAUGGAGGUAAGGCAAUAAAUAGGCUAUAGUGCAAAAUAAUUACAAUUAGUAUUAACACUGGAAUGCUAGAUGUGCAAGAGAUUAUGUGCAAAUAGAGAUACUGGGGUGCAAAAGAGCAAAAUAAAUAACAAUAUAGGGAUGAGGUAGUUGGGUGGGCUAAUUUCAGAUGGGGUGUGUACAGGUGCAGUGAUCGGUAAAAUGCUCUGACAACUGAUGCUUAAAGUUAGUGAGGGAGAUAAGCGUCUUCAGCUUCAGAGAUUUUUGCAAUUCGUUCCAGUCAUUGGCAGCAGAGAACUGGAAGGAAUGGCGGCCAAAGGAGGUGUUGGCUUUGGGGAUGACCAGUGAGAUAUACCUGCUGGAGCGCAGACUACGGGUGGGUGCUGCUAUGGUGACCAAUGAGCUAAGAUAAGGCGGGGAUUUGCCUAGCAGUGAUUUAUAGAUGGCCUGGAGCCAGUGGGUUUGACCACGAACAUGUAGUGAGGACCAGCCAACAAGAGCGUACAGGUCACAGUGGUGGGUAGUGUAUGGGGCUUUGGAGACAAAACGGAUGGCACUGUGAUAGACUACAUCCAAUUUGCUGAGUAGAGUGUUGGAGGCUAUUUUGUAAAUGACAUCGCCAAAGUCAAGGAUCGGUAGUAUAGUCCGUUUUACGAGGGCAUGUUUGGCAGCAUGAGUGAAGGAGGCUUUGUUGCGAAAUAGGAAGCCGAUUCUAGAUUGAACAUGUCUGAUGUCAGAAGUCGAAGAUUUCUGAGUUCCCAGUUGUUUUGAAAGUGGCAUUACAUUCCUCGUUUCCAGGAAAAGGAUGAUGCAUCAGAGGCCAGCAAGGAGGAGUCUUCUGAAGCCGGACAGGAUGCCCAAGAUGAGGACCCCUCUUCAUCCAUAGCGCCAGCCUAUGAGGAGAAAGUGGUAAGGGCACACUGCUACCAUCAUGCUGGUUUAAUAAAGAUGUUCAUUUACAGUUUUAAGAUGUCAUUAUCGUGUUUGAAACGUCAUUUGUUGCUCUCAAAGUUUCACUGCUUUUCUGUGUGUAGGCAUCAGACCGGACCAACAGAUUUGAGUACCUACUGAAGCAGACAGAGGUGUUUGCCCAUUUCAUCCAACCCGCGGCCCAGAAGACUCCCACCUCCCCGCUGAAGAUGAAGCCUGGACGCCCUCGUGUCAAGAAGGACGAGAAACAGAAUCUCCUCUCGGUCGGAGAGUGAGUAUACAACACAACACGCUAAACAACUUGGCCCAAUGAUUUGUCAAUCUUCCGUGGGAGUACAUUGGGUGUACAUGUGGGGCGUUUUAUAUGCUGUUACUGAUGAAUUAUAUGUACUCCUUUCUCUCUUUGACAGUAACCGUCAUCGUCGCACAGAGCAGGAAGAGGAUGAAGAGCUGCUGAGCGAAAGCAGCAAGACCACCAACAUCUGCACCCGCUUUGACGAAUCCCCCUCCUGUAAGCAGUCACAUGGUUUUACUUAUUAAAGCUGCAAUAUGUAACUUUAAUGUAGCAAAGUCCUGAACGGGACUACUAUAGUCCAUAAUUGAAUGGAAAGUAUGUCAAACUUGUGCAAUACUGAGUUUGUUGUGCUGUAUGAAUCUCCCAACAGUUGUAAAGGGGGGUACAAUGAGAGACUACCAGGUCCGUGGUCUGAACUGGCUCAUCUCUCUGUACGAGAACGGAAUCAACGGGAUCCUUGCUGAUGAAAUGGUAGGUUCUCAUUUCAAAAUAAAGUGAAAGAUAUUGCCUUUUUGGUAUUGAGGUAGUUCUACAUGCAUACCUCUUGAUCACUAACUGUUUAUUAGUGUAUUUGUGUGUCUGUGUCUGUGAUACUCAUGAAGAUUACUCCUGGACUACAGCAGUAACAGCACCCAACGACUUAUUCACGCUACAGUCGGUGUUCAAAGUUGAGCAUGUCUUAUUGUGCAUUUUGAUACUCACACCUGCCUUGUUGUCAUUCAGGGUUUGGGUAAGACCCUGCAGACCAUCUCUCUGCUGGGGUACAUGAAGCACUACAGGAGCAUCCCCGGACCCCACAUGGUGCUGGUGCCCAAGUCCACCCUGUACAACUGGAUGAACGAGUUCAAACGCUGGGUGCCCUCCCUCAAAGCAGUCUGCCUCAUCGGAGGCCGAGAGGAGAGGGUGAGCUAUGAGCAGCAGCAGACCACAUUCAUUCUCUGAUGUAAAAUGAACAGGGCAUGUUGAUUGCUGUAGAUCAACUGCAAAGCAUGGGGUGGUGACUGUGGGACAGUGUUGAGGCUUAUGUAUUUUGCAAUGUACCAUAUUGGAAGAGAUGUUGUCGUGGAAAUAGUCAGUUAAUCUCCAUCUGCAACUGAAAACGUAACACUUAGAUUUCCUGCAACAUAAGACUACUAAUGGAGCUUUUGCAUAAUGCAAGCCAAUGCAUUUGUUUUAAGUCAGUCAUUUUCAAUAACUUGUACUACAGCAGUUGCAUCGCGUUAGACUGGUGAUGUUGCUGGGGCUUUGGUCUUGUGCCCCACCAUAACCCUGUAUCUUCCCCCUCUUUCUCCCAGAAUGCCCUGAUCAGAGAUGUGCUGCUGCCAGGGGAGUGGGAUGUGUGUGUCACCUCUUACGAGAUGCUCAUCAUAGAGAAGGCCGUGUUCAAGAAGUUCAACUGGAGGUACCUGGUCAUCGACGAGGCCCACAGGAUCAAGAACGAGAAGUCAAAGGUUAGGGAGCUUCUAAAGUUGAAACACACACACAAACUGUAUACAUAUUUGAUUAAAUGUAAAUAUGAUUAAAAUGUGUAUAUACACUAACAAAACGUCAAUGGAUUCAACUCGCAAAGGACUCUUAGAUGGUUUGUCUUACCUGUGUAUAUUAUUUGUGCUGUAGCUGUCUGAGAUAGUGCGUGAGUUCAAGACCACCAACCGCCUGCUGCUGACCGGCACCCCGCUGCAGAACAACCUCCAUGAGCUCUGGGCCCUGCUCAACUUCCUGCUGCCAGACGUCUUCAACUCCUCAGAGGUAAGAGGCAGAUAAAAUAGGUUUAACUUUAAUGUACUGUACCUGAGGGGGGGGAAAUUAUUGGACACACAGACACUUACCCUCAAUUACCACUACAAUUUAGGAAUAACGCUUAAUAACACUUACUGAAAAUAACAGUAUUCUCUAUUUUUCACUAAUUUAAUGGGCCCAAAAAAUAUGGAUUGAUUGAACUUUUUAUUUUUCUUUCGAAGGACUUUGACUCAUGGUUUGACACCAACAACUGCCUGGGGGAUCAGAAGCUGGUGGAACGUCUUCACACUGUAAGUAUCUGAAACACUUCCUUACAUUUAACUGUACUGUAUAGAUGAAUAGUGAGUAAAUAGUAUUUCUGUUGUCUCUUGUUGCCUUGACAAUGUAUUACUUACUAAUUUGAAUGUAAUAAUAUCUUAUGUUUCUCUUGUCUAUAACUGUUUUAUGUGGACCCAGGAAGAGUAGCUGCUGCAUGUUUAACAGCUCAUGGGGAUCCUAAUAAACGGAACAUAUAUCCCUUUAGGGUUUUAUCAAAUAUUGUUAUGGGCCUUCCCUUACCUUUCCUUGGUUUCUCUCUCUCUGUGUGUUUGUGUGUGUGUAGGUACUGCGUCCUUUCCUGCUGCGUCGUAUCAAAAAUGAGGUGGAGAAGUCUCUGCUGCCUAAGAAAGAGAUCAAGAUGUACGUGGGGCUGAGUAAGAUGCAGAGAGAAUGGUGAGUAACCCACACACAGUCAACAUAUGCCCUUUCCUUGCCAACCACAUUCCUCAGCCAACCUAUACACUAUAAUGUGUAUUGAAAACACUGUCCCGUCUCUCCUCAGGUACACCAAGAUCCUGAUGAAGGACAUAGACAUCUUGAACUCUGCGGGGAAGAUGGACAAGAUGCGUCUGCUCAACGUCUUGAUGCAGCUGAGGAAGUGCUGCAACCACCCGUACCUGUUUGACGGGGCCGAGCCCGGCCCGCCCUACACCACCGACCUGCAUCUGGCCGUCAACAGCGGCAAGAUGGCCGUCCUUGACAAGCUGCUGCCCAAGAUGAAGGCUCAGGGUGGGUGGACGAACGGGUCCCCUCUAAGACCAGUCACAAAAUGUGUUUUUUUUUAUGGCCUGUUUGAUGGCUUUGUGUCCCUUUUUUAACUUUAAAGUUGAUAUGGAGACAGUGUAGUGUAAAGGCUAUUUCAGACACAUUUUUGAUUCAAACUACUAUGUUAAAGUUGCAGCAAUGUAGGCAUGGUGAAUGAUUGAUUGGCGGCCAUUUUGAACUCCCCUCCCUUUCCCAGGCUCCCGUGUGCUGAUCUUCAGCCAGAUGACCAGGAUGCUGGACAUCUUGGAGGACUACUGCAUGUGGCGCAACUUCGGCUACUGUCGCCUGGACGGACAGACGCCCCACGAGGAGAGACAGGUAUGACUAUGACCCCCACUCCUGGAUCUCAUUAACGGCAGUGGCCUAUUACCCUGGUCCCAGAUCUGUUUGUGCUGCCUUGGUGUGACAUUGACCAUAGGAGUUGGCAGGGCAGCACAAACAGAUCUGGGACCAGGCUAAUAAAUGGCUUGUAAAUACAAACAAUUGAACUCUCUCUACCGUUUUAACACACUUCAUUUAACACUACAUUUCCCACGUUCCUCUAGAUUUCCAUCAACGCGUACAAUGAGGAGGACAGCCCUAAGUUCAUCUUCAUGUUGAGCACCAGGGCCGGAGGGCUGGGUAUUAACCUGGCCACGGCUGACGUGGUCAUCCUCUACGACUCAGACUGGAACCCUCAGGUCGACCUGCAGGCCAUGGUCAGUACCUCUCAUUGACCCAUAUCAGUGGACUAAUUAAUCAGUCUUUUAUAUUACAUUUGUCAAUUACUUUAAUUAGAAUUUUCCCUAUAGAUUUAACAUGGUCAAUUCCCCCUAGUUUGAAUCAUAUCACAACAAGUGAGCUUACACAUUCAAUAGAACCUGUCACCAGGAACUUCAUUUAUCAAGAUGCUUCUGCCUGGUAACUGUUAGACACUUACCUGAUUGGUUCUUUUAACCUUUCUUCUCAGGACCGAGCUCACAGGAUUGGUCAGAAGAAGCAGGUGCGCGUGUUCCGUUUCAUCACGGAAAACACGGUGGAGGAGAGGAUCGUGGAGCGGGCCGAGAUGAAGCUCCAACUGGACUCUAUCGUCAUCCAGCAAGGUACUGCGCCGGUGGCCAUUUUGAAUCUCCUUUUCCCAGUUUCAAACCAACACUAUUGAAGUCAAUGCCUUGGUAAUGCAACUGGCUGACAUGUCUGUGUCUACUGUGUCUGUUCUGCAGGAAGGCUAGUGGAUCCCAACGCCAACAAGCUGGGGAAGGACGAGAUGCUGUCCAUCAUCCGGCACGGCGCCACGCACGUCUUCGCCUCCAAGGAGAGCGACAUAACCGACGAUGACAUCGAUGAGAUCCUGGAGCGAGGCGAGAAGAAGGUCAGAACAAAGACGGACAAGGGCGUAGCGCUAGCAUUGGGCCUAGCAUUAGCAUUUAUCUGUACUCCGAUCAUUUAUAUAAUAUGUGAUAGCAUUAGCAUUGCUAAAUGUGUCAGUGGGUUGAUAUGGCAGUGUCUAGAGGCCAAACACAUUAGCAAUGUGUAGCUAGAUGCUAACUCUUUGCUCUGCGUUUGUGUCUGACAGACCAUGGAGUUGAAGGAGAAGAUGAACACCAUGGGCGAGAGCUCCCUGAGGAACUUUACCAUGGAGUCCGACAACAGUGUGUACACCUUCGAAGGAGAGGACUACAGGGAGAAGAAGAAGGUGGUCACCAACUGGAUCGAGCCGCCCAAGAGAGAGCGGAAGGCCAACUACGCCGUGGAUGCCUACUUCAGAGAGGCUCUGCGUGUCAGUGAGCCCAAAGCACCCAAGGUAAUCCUCACUACCGCCGCCCUCUGGCUAUGGAUAUGCCACUGGGAUAGCUGUGUGGAAUGAAUCAGACCAUCUUUCUCCAUGACUAAAACUCCUGUUCUCCUCUUCCAGACCAUCUUUCUCCAUGACUAAAACUCCUGUUCUCCUCUUCCAGACCCUCUUUCUCCAUGACUAAAACUCCUGUUCUCCUCUUCCAGACCAUCUUUCUCCAUGACUAAACUGCCGUUCUCCUCUUUCAGGCUCCUCGUCCACCUAAGCAGCCCAAUGUGCAGGACUUCCAGUUCUUCCCCCCAAGGCUGUUUGAACUGCUGGAGAAAGAGAUCCUAUUCUACAGGAAGACUAUCGGCUACAAGGUAUACCAGCAUGUAGUUUUACUAGUGUAACUGGUGGUACAUCAGUGAUUGUUGGUGGCACUUAAAAUCAAAGGACAGGCUCAUAGUAAUGGCUGGAAUGGAGUUAAUGGAAUGGUAUCCAUGUGUUUGAUCCGUCCUCCCCUCACCAGCCGCGUCUUUGGUACAUUAUGAUGGCGUUAGUAUGAUAAUGUUCCAUCAGACAGCGGCCAUUUUGGAUCUCCUCUGUGCAGUUUCAAACCAACAGUCGGUUUAGUUUGGAAUGGGAUGUAUCUGUUGAGUGUUUAAGUGUAUAUGUGAUAUACAUUUUCUCUCCAGGUUCCUCGUAACCCAGAACUGCCCAACUCGGCCCAGCACCAGAAGGAGGAGCAGGCCAAGAUUGACGAGGCCGAGGGCCUAUCAGAGGAGGAGCUGGAGGAGAAGGAGAACCUCCUCUCGCAGGUAAUUGGCUGAAACAAGACAUCAUACUUAAACACUCUAGACAUUCAUCAUAGUGCCCUACUACAUGUCAUAUUUAUAGAACUACAUAUAGUUCAGUUGAGAUACUCUUCAGUGGCUUCAACUACAAAGUAGAGACAAAUGUUAGCGUUUGUGGCUAGUGUCGUUACAAACUGUCAUCGAUCUCUCCACAGGGCUUCACCAUUUGGAACAAGCGUGACUUUAACCAGUUCAUCAAAGCCAAUGAGAAGUGGGGAAGAGACGACAUCGAGAACAUCGCCAGAGAGGUGGAGGGCAAAACCCCAGAGGAAGUCAUGGAAUAUUCCGGUAAGAAAAACAAUAUUUGUAUUUUUUAUUUUCAAAUUGCAUAAAUGUAUCCGAAUCUACUUCUAGCUAGUGGACAUGACUCCCAAGUGUAUGACAGAUAUCCAAAGUCUUAUGAUCUAAACGUUUGUGUGUGUGUGUACACAGCUGUGUUCUGGGAGCGCUGUAACGAGCUGCAGGACAUAGAGAAGAUCAUGGCUCAGAUCGAGAGAGGAGAGGCCCGCAUCCAGAGGAGGAUCAGCAUCAAGAAAGCACUGGACACAAAGGUAAGCCAUUUCAGUGAGGUCAUCAUUAAUAAGAACAACAUUGGGGAGGCAAUACCUUUUAUUUUGAUCAGAUGCGCGAUACAGUUGUGAAAACCUCUGGGCACUCCCAACCCUUAUGAAUGAAUGUCUCAGGAGCUGGUGUCUGAUCAUGUCUACCAGAGGCUUACCAUACACCCUGAAUGACAUCUUUUUCUCUCUCUUGUUGUAGAUUGGUCGCUACAAGGCUCCAUUCCACCAGUUGAGGAUCUCGUACGGCACCAACAAGGGGAAGAACUACACGGAGGAGGAAGACCGCUUCCUCAUUUGCAUGCUGCACAAGCUGGGCUUCGAAAAGGAGUCGGUCUACGACGAGCUGCGCCAGUGCAUCCGCAACUCGCCCCAGUUCCGCUUCGACUGGUUCCUCAAGUCCAGGACCGCCAUGGUGAGUGGAGUUGCCCUAGUAGACAGUGGAAUUGAGUACAACCUGAAGAUGGAAAUGUGGUUUUACUUCUUCAGUAACAUGAUAACCAUUAAUUUAUUAUAUACAGUGCCUUCGGAAAGUAUUCAGACCCCUUGACUUUUCCCAUAUUUUGUUACGUUACAGCCUUAUUCUAAAAUUGGUUAAAUUGUUUUUUUCCCCCUCAUCAAUCUACACACAAUACCCAAUAAUGACAAAGAAAAACUGAAAUAUGAUAUUUACAUAAGUAUUCAAACCCUUUACUCUGUACUUUGUUGAAGCACCUUCGGCAUCGAUUACAGCCUUGAGUCUUCUUGGGUAUGACGCUACAAGCUUGGCACACCUGUAUUUGGAGUUCCUCCCAUUCUUCUCUGCAGAUCCUCUCAAGCUCUGUCAGGUUGGAUGGGGAGCGUUGCUGCACAGCUAUUUUAAGGUCUCUCCAGAGAUGUUAGUUCGGGUUCAAGUCCGGGCUCUGGCUGGGCCACUCAAGUACAUUCAGAGACUUGUCCCGAAGCCACUCCUGCGUUGUCUUGGCUGUGUGCUUAGGGUCGUUGUCCUGUUGGAAGGUGAACCGUCGCCCCAGUCUGAGGUCCUGAGCGCUCUGGAGCAGGUUUUCAUCAAGGAUCUCUCUGUACUUCGCUCCGUUAAUCUUUGCCUCGAUCCUGACUAGUCUCCCAGUCCUUGCCACUGAAGAACAUUUAUUUUAUUUUAUUUUUUACAUUUUUAGUCAUUUAGCAGACGCUCUUAUCCAGAGUGACUGACGAGGCCGAGGGCCUAUCAGAGGAGGAGCUGGAGGAGAAGGAGAACCUCCUCUCGCAGGUAAUUGGCUGAAACAAGACAUCAUACUUAAACACUCUAGACAUUCAUCAUAGUGCCCUACUACAUGUCAUAUUUAUAGAACUACAUAUAGUUCAGUUGAGAUACUCUUCAGUGGCUUCAACUACAAAGUAGAGACAUGUUAGCGUUUGUGGCUAGUGUCGUUACAAACUGUCAUCGAUCUCUCCACAGGGCUUCACCAUUUGGAACAAGCGUGACUUUAACCAGUUCAUCAAAGCCAAUGAGAAGUGGGGAAGAGACGACAUCGAGAACAUCGCCAGAGAGGUGGAGGGCAAAACCCCAGAGGAAGUCAUGGAAUAUUCCGGUAAGAAAAACUAUUUUUAUUUUUUAUUUUCAAAUUGUAUAAAUGUAUCCGAAUCUACUUCUAGCUAGUGGACAUGACUCCCAAGUGUAUGACAGAUAUCCAAAGUCUUAUGAUCUAAACCAGGGGUGUCAAACGUCCGGCCCACGGGCCGGAUCAGGCCCGCAAACGGGUUUAAUCCGGCCCGCGAGAUGAUAAAAAAAAAAAAUUUAAUUAUAAUUUUGUCAAGUAUAAAAAUGCGCUGCAAUUUUUCAAUAAAAUAAACUGCUGUUCCAAUUGUGUCCACUGGAUGGAGCAAUAGCAAUUGUGUUAAGCAAGCAAACUGUUUAUACCGGGGCAGAGCAAGUAGGUCAAGCACGUGCAGCCAAUGAGCUACUUUGUUUUGCCCGCGAUAUUUAUUACGGCUUCUACUUUUAACAUUGUACUUUGGCACCCUCAUUGCCCCAAUAUGUCUCUGUCAAAAAAGAGAAAAGUGGACGCAGAGUGCAGAGUGUUCCAAGAAAAAUUGUCAUCCUUCUAUUUAUUCACGGAAUUGAAUGGGAAAGCUGUAUGUUUGGUGUGUUCAGAGCAUGUUGCAGUGCUGAAAGAAUGUAACCUUUGUCGCCACUAUGUGAGUCUUCAUGCCGACAAAUAUGACAACUUUCAAGGACAGCGGAGAUGAGAGAAGGUGAAUGAACUGUUGGCGGGUCUGAAGAAACAGCAGUCUGUGUUUACUCACAGCCGAGACAUCAGUGAUGCUGCAGUGAAAGCUAGCUACCUCAUUGCUAAUGAAAUCGCAGUGGCUUCAAAACCAUUUAGUGAGGGUGAAUUUGUUAAAAACAUGCAUGAUGAAGGCAGCGGAGAUUGUGUGCCCUGAAAAGCGGCAGGCUUUUGCAAAUAUCAGCCUGACAAGAAACACAGUUGCAGACAGGAUUUCCGAUCUUUCAGUGGAUUUGGACAGCCAGUUGAAGCAAAAAGUAAAGUCAUUUAUUGCGUUUUCGGUUGCAAUUGAUGAAAGCACGGACAUUACAGAUGUUGCACAACUGGCCAUUUUCAUCCGCGGAGUUGAUGACACAUUGACCGUCACCGAGGAGUUCGUGGAGUUGGUGCCGAUGACAGAUACAACGACAGCAGCUGAUAUUUUUACCGCACUCGUCGGCGCGCUGGACAGGGUCGGAGUGGACUGGUCCCGCGCUGUCAGCCUGGCUACAGAUGGUGCGCCCUCAAUGAUCGGGAAAAAAGCAGGCGUUGUGACAAAGUUCAGAGAGAAAGUGCAAUCUGCAAAUGGAGGACGUGAUUUUUUGACUUUUCACUGUAUUUUGCACCAGGAGGCUUUGUGUUGCAAGUCAUUAAAGAUGGAUAACGUCAUGAAGGUGGUCAUCCAAACUGUUAAUUUCAUCCGAUCCAGAAGCCUGAAUCACCGUCAGUUUGACAGCCUUCUCAGAGAGAAAGACCACAUCUAUGGCCUGCCAUACCACACUGAGGUAAGAUGGUUAAGCCGAGGUGCUGUGCUGAGGCGUUUCUUUGAUUUACGAGAAUAAAUUGAACAGUUCAUGGAAGAAAAGGGCAAACCAGUGUUAGAAUUUCAUUCCGCAGAAUGGAUGCAGGACCUUGCAUUUAUGGUGGAUGUUACAGAGCACCUGAAUAACUUGAACAAACAGCUGCAAGGGCGCAACAAAGUUGUCACGCAGUAUUAUGACAGCAUACGUUCUUUCAAGUUGAAGCUGUCAUUGUGGGAGACGCAACUUGGUGAUGCAGCUCACUUCCCCUGUCUGAAAAAUGUGUGCGCGACCCAACAUGUGGCAGACAUGAAGCGGUUCAAAGAUAAAAUAACGGGACUGUUACGGGAGUCUGAGCAACGCUUUCAGAUUUAUGUUUAUAUGUUUUUAUGUUGAUGUGCUAUUGUUUUUAAUUGAUUUUAUUUUAUUUGUAUAUUUAACCUAUUCUUGACUCUGUGGUUCUUGCACUUGUUUGGGGAACAGGAUUUCAUUAUUUGUAUCUACAUUUCUGCCUGAGAAAUGACCCCCUGAUAUAGUUCUGUGAUCUGUGAAACAGUUCUGUUAAUCACUGAGGCAUUGUGUGUUUGUGUUCUUUUUCUUUAGAAUUUUCAAAUAAACUUGACGUGUUUUAUGAUUAAUAGUGAUGUUGUGCUUGUACUAUUUUGGACACACUGUCCUCAGGCUCCAGCUUUAUGUUGUAUGUUGAUCGUAUUAAAACAAAGAAAACAAUCUGAAGUUGUUGUUUUUAAGUUAUAUAUACCAUGAUUUUUCCGGUCCGGCCCACUUGGGAAUAGAUUUUCCUCCAUGUGGCCCCUGAGCUAAAAUGAGUUUGACACCCCUGAUCUAAACGUUUGUGUGUGUGUGUACACAGCUGUGUUCUGGGAGCGCUGCAACGAGCUGCAGGACAUAGAGAAGAUCAUGGCUCAGAUCGAGAGAGGAGAGGCCCGCAUCCAGAGGAGGAUCAGCAUCAAGAAAGCACUGGACACAAAGGUAAGCCAUUUCAGUGAGGUCAUCAUUAAUAAGAACAACAUUGGGGAGGCAAGACCUUUUAUUUUGAUCAGAUGCGCGAUACAGUUGUGAAAACCUCUGGGCACUCCCAACCCUUAUGCAUGAAUGUCUCAGGAGCUGGUGUCUGAUCAUGUCUACCAGAGGCUAACCAUACACCCUGAAUGACAUCUUUUUCUCUCUCUUGUUGUAGAUUGGUCGCUACAAGGCUCCGUUCCACCAGUUGAGGAUCUCGUACGGCACCAACAAGGGGAAGAACUACACGGAGGAGGAGGACCGCUUCCUCAUUUGCAUGCUGCACAAGCUGGGCUUCGAAAAGGAGUCGGUCUACGACGAGCUGCGCCAGUGCAUCCGCAACUCGCCCCAGUUCCGCUUCGACUGGUUCCUCAAGUCCAGGACCGCCAUGGUGAGUGGAGUUGCCCUAGUAGACAGUGGAAUUGAGUACAACCUGAAGAUGGACAUUUGGUUUUACUUCUUCAGUAACAUGAUAACCAUUCAUUUAUUAUAUACAGUGCCUUCGGAAAGUAUUCAGACCCCUUGACUUUUCCCAUAUUUUGUUACGUUACAGCCUUAUUCUAAAAUUGGUUAAAUUGUUUUUUUCCCCCUCAUCAAUCUACACACAAUACCCAAUAAUGACAAAGCAAAAACUGGUUUUUAGAAAAACUGAAAUAUGAUAUUUACAUAAGUAUUCAAACCCUUUACUCUGUACUUUGUUGAAGCACCUUCGGCAUCGAUUACAGCCUUGAGUCUUCUUGGGUAUGACGCUACAAGCUUGGCACACCUGUAUUUGGAGUUCCUCCCAUUCUUCUCUGCAGAUCCUCUCAAGCUCUGUCAGGUUGGAUGGGGAGCGUUGCUGCACAGCUAUUUUAAGGUCUCUCCAGAGAUGUUAGUUCGGGUUCAAGUCCGGGCUCUGGCUGGGCCACUCAAGUACAUUCAGAGACUUGUCCCGAAGCCACUCCUGCGUUGUCUUGGCUGUCUGCUUAGGGUCGUUGUCCUGUUGGAAGGUGAACCGUCGCCCCAGUCUGAGGUCCUGAGCGCUCUGGAGCAGGUUUUCAUCAAGGAUCUCUCUGUACUUCGCUCCGUUAAUCUUUGCCUCGAUCCUGACUAGUCUCCCAGUCCUUGCCACUGAAGAACAUUUUAAUUAAUUUUUUUACAUUUUAGUCAUUUAGCAGACGCUCUUAUCCAGAGCGACUUACAGGAGCAAUGAGGGUUAAGUGCCUUGCUCAAGGGCACAUCGACAGAUUUUUCACCUAGUCGUCUCGGGGAUUAUAACCAGCGACCUUUCGGUUACUGGCACAACGCUCUUAACCACUAAGCUACCUGCCGCCCCACAGCAUGAUGUUGCCACCACCAUGCUUCACCGAAACCAAGAAUUCAAUCUUGGUUUCAUCAGACCAGAGAAUCUUGUUUCUCAUGGUCUGAGAGUCUUGAAAUUGCCAAAAGGCACCUACAAGCGGGCUGUUGUGCCUUUUACUGAGGAGUGGCUUCCAUCUGGCCACUCUACCAUAAAGGCCUGAUUGGUGGAGUGCUGCAGAGAUGUUUGUCCUUCUGGAAGGUUCUCCCAUCUCCACAGAGGAACUCUGGAGCUCUGUCAGAGGGACCAUCAGGUUCUUGGUCACCUCCCUGACCAAGGCCCUUCUCCCCCGAUUGCUCAGUUUGGCCGGGCGGCCAGCUCUAGGAAGAGUCUUGGUGGUUCCAAACUUCUUCCAUUUAAGAAUGAUGGAGGCCACUGUGUUCUUGGGGACCUUCAAUGCUGCAGAAAUGUUUUGCUACCCUUUCCAAGAUCUGUGCCUCGACACAAUCCUGUUUCGGAGUUCUACGGACAAUUCCUUCAACCUCAUGGCUUGGUUUUUGCUCUGACAUGCACUGUCAACUGUGGGACCUUAUAUGGACAGGUGUGUGCCUUUCCAAAUCAUGUCCAAUCAAGUGAAUUUACCACAAGUGGACUCCAAUCAAGUUGUAGAAACAUCUCAAGGAUGAUCAAUGGAAACAGGAUGCACCUGAGCACAAUUUCGAGUUUCAUAGCAAAGGGUCUGAAUACUUAUGUAAAUAAGGUAUUUCUGUUUUUUAAAUUUGCAAAAAUGUCAGCCUGUUUUCGCAUUGCCAUUAUGGGGUAUUGUGUGUAGAUUGAUGAGGAUUUUAAAUCCAUUUUAGACUAAGGCUGGUUCAGGAAACAAAACAUUAUCCAAUUCGAAGAGUUGUGGCUGUAGACUAACGUGUGUGUGUGUGUGUGUGUGUGUGUAGGAGCUCCAGAGGCGAUGCAACACCCUGAUCACCCUGAUUGAACGAGAGAACAUGGAGCUGGAGGAGAGAGAGAAAGCAGAGAAGAAGAAGAAGGGACCACGGAGUCAGUCUUCUGUAAGAUCACAACGCUCUUCUUCCUGCCCCUCACUGAAUUCUCUUGUCAUGCAGUCCUCUCUUUGCAUUGUGCAGGAUGACACAUGACACUAACAAUAUCACACAAUGUUCUUUUAAAAAUAUAUAGUCUUGUCUAAACCAAUAUGCCAUUGUAAUCGGCCAUUAUUCUAUGAAGUGCCGAUUAUGACUAUUUGAUCUGACACUCCUUUUCUCUCUCUCUCUUCCUCCUCAUCCCCCUCUUCCUCAGGCUCAGAAGCGUAAGGGAGAAGGGACCCCAGACCAGCGAGGAGGCCGCAGGAAAAAGCUAAAGCUGUGA